AUGUCUGGGGGCAUUGAAGCUCUACAGUUAAAGGAAGAAGAUGUUACAAAGCUACUUGCUGCUGGAGUCCAUCUGGGUGCCAGCAAUGUAGACUAUCAAAUGGAAAGUUACGUUUUCAAACGAAAACCUGAUGGUAAGAAAAACUUGUGCAAGGGAUUGAUGUUUUUCUUCCAUGCGCAUAAUCAGAGUGGAUAAUAUACAGAGUCUCAGAAGCUUGUAGGUUGAAAAAGUAUCAUACCAUGCCACCUAGUUCAAAUUUAUUGAUGUACAAAUUCUUGCAUUGGUUAGGUUCUAAGGCAUUGUGUCAGUACUGUGUUUGUUGCCCAAUCUCUUGAAGAUUUAAGCCUAGUAUGUUAUGCAACUGGGUAAGUACUGAAAAUAAAUUUAAUAGAAGAGUUAUUUUAAAACUUUUCCUAGGUGUUCACAUCAUCAAUUUAAGAAAGACUUGGGAGAAGCUGCUCCUUGCAGCUCGUAUCAUAGUGGGCAUUGAGAAUCCUGCUGAUGUGUGUGUGAUUUCUGCCAGGCCUUAUGGACAGGUAAAUUUAGAACAUUACACAGGGUUGGUACAGUGUCUUGAAUUCUUGAAAAAAGUCUUGAAAUUUGCCCAGAAAUUUUCCAGACCUGGAAAAAGUCAGGAAAAUGUAGUUUAAGUGUGGGAAAAUGGCAAAAAUUCUAGAAUUUGUUUUUCAAAGCUCUAACAAGUGCUUUGGAAGAGAAUUUUUUUCCUUUUGGUCAAAUCUUAUUCAAUCUCGGCUGUAAAUUUGCAGCGCACCAUGAAAAUAGCGUGGUUCCCUGCGUUUUUUAAGGUCUCUAUUGAUCACCCAUUUGAUAACCUUGGUCUAGAAAAAUAAAUUAUUGUUUUGAAAAAUGUUUGGAAAAAGUCUUGAAUUCUGGAUCCAAAAAUCUGUAUGAACCCUGAUUACAGUGCUUACUCAAUUGGUGAUUGGCCUAAGUCUAAUGUUAGUCAUAGAUUUUGUAGUAUUAUCCUCAUAGUGAGGGUAACUCAUAUGAAGAAUGGACUGUUUCUGGUUUCAUGUACUGUAAAACAUGAGUAGAUGGCGUCCAUGAGACGAUCUUUAGAUGGUGCAAAGCAACAAUUAUUGUGUUGAAAGGUGACAUCUUCUGAGGUUGCUUAAAUACUUGUCGGUGUUGUCAGUGUCUGUGUCUUGAUUUAAUUCUUUUUUUGGUUACAUUUAAUUUGCAUUUGUUUUAAACUGAGUAACAUAGAUCUAUGUUGUGCUUCAUUUUUAUCCUUGGUUUAAAUUUCAUUUUCCAUUGUUUCAGACUCAUUAUCGUACAUGGUAAUGUACGAUAAUGAGUCUGAAACAAUUAUCCAUGAACAAAAGAGAAUAAAAUUUAAACCAAGGAUAAAAUUGAACCACAACAUAGAUAACCACACUGUAUACAAAAAAGAAGGGGAAAAAAGCCAAGCUGGAUAAAAUUACAAUACGACUAUUUAUUCCUGCCUUUCAAAGUGUUUGUGAGGGGGAUCUUCGAGAUUUUGUUCACAUCUUGGGCAUUAUGAAGAAGUAUUUAAAAUGUUCAGUUUAAGUCUUUUUGAUAAUGUAUAUUUUGUAACAGAAAAACAAGAAUUUGGGUUCAUCAACGGAAUUGAUAAGGCAGGUUAGCCAGUGACUCUGGGGGAUCUCAAUCCCCCUACGGUGGCCAACAAGCCACUUUGGGGUAAACAAACUAAUGUUAUGUUAUGUUGGUAUUUGAUAGCGUGCUAUUCUAAAGUUUGCAUCCCACACCGGAGCUACAGCUGUGGCUGGACGCUUCACGCCGGGUACCUUUACCAAUCAAAUUCAGGCGGCUUUCAAGGAACCACGACUGCUUGUUGUUUGUGACCCACGCACUGACCAACAGGUAAAAAACAUUCAAGUUCAUAGAAGGCAGUUAACAUCAAGUUAAUUAUGCCUUUAUUUAGAACUGAUUUCUUCCUUUUCUUUUAAUUAUGGGUUUUGAGUACCUUUUUAAAUUUUUAAUGGCACUUAAUUUUGCAAUUUGUAAAAAUUUUCGAAGACUCCCAACAAUAAUUUAUCUGCUCCUCUUCCUUCUUAGGAUUGACACUAUUCAGUUAUGAAAACAUGUUGUCUUGAACACUUUGAUAAAUAAUACCCUGUUAACCUUUGAAGUGUAAGGUUGUGUUUCUUCUCAAAUAAACAUGUUCACCAAACUUUUAAAAAUUACAACUUUGGGUCACAUUCAAGGCAUAAUGGAAUAAUGAUCCUUUAUGACUGAUCAGACUGCGCCAAAACAUUGAUUCAUUUGAAACAAGAAGUGCAAUAUUUUUGAGUGACUAAUGUGUAAUAAUAUACUUUGAGAACAUGAAUUUGGGAGUGGUGCGUAGGAGUGUCGCAUCUAUUUCCAUGGUAUCUGAUACUGGUAACUAUAUUCUUCACAGCCCGUAACUGAAGCAUCAUAUGUGAACAUCCCAGUUAUUGGAUUCUGCAACACAGACUCUCCACUUUCCCAUGUGGAUGUAGCAAUCCCGUGCAACAACAAGGGUGCUCAUUCUGUCGGUCUCAUGUGGUGGUUACUGGCAAGAGAAGUGUUGCGAAUGCGUGGUAGCAUCAGCCGUCAGCAUCCUUGGGAAAUCAUGCCAGAUCUGUACUUCUACAGGGAUCCAGAAGAUGUAAUGAUUACAAAAACAAUAUUUUUUAUUUUGCGUUAUGAAUAACAUAGGCAUUUGACAGUGUAUGAACCAAUUCUCGAGACUGUUAGUGGCUCUUGUGGGUCCUCUCAUGAAUGGCAUGUCCCUGCGAAAGAGCAGUGGAAAAGACAACAGAACAAUGCCCCUUAUCCCCAAAACACCUGCAGCUGCUUUAUUUCUUGAUCAAGAAAUACAGUUCAUGGGAGCUGCAUGUCUUUUCUUUUCACUUGAAAGCAAUCACUAUUUCAGUUCAAUAUAGGAAGUCAGUUUAACAAAACUUUGAGGCCAGAGUGGGCUAAAUUUGAAUUGAAUUAAACAACAGCACACUCAGGGUAGGAACAACAAACUCCUUUAAUAACCAACAGUUACUGGCAUUUUGGAAGAAGGCACAAGGAUAAUUAUGAUAAUUAGGUUUACCUAAACUAGGAAAUAAAUUUAUUGUAUUCUGAAGUGUGGCAUAAAAUCAGUUCAUUCUUUUCGUCGUCAGGUUGAGAAAGACGUCAUGGAACGGGAACAAGAAGAACAGGUGCAGCCAGCAAGCACCUAUACUAGUGAUUGGGCUGGUACAGUUGAUCAGGGUGCCGGAGAGGUUGGUAGUAGUGCAGUCAAUUUCUUUAACCCUUUUAGUCCCGAGAGUGACCAACAUCAAGUUUCCCCUAACAAUAUUAAUACAUUAUAAAAAGAAAAGGUUGGGAGAUUUAAUAAAAUGAUCACCUCAGGGAAAUUGCUCUGAUCUUUUAUCAAAUUCUUGCAACUUAUUCUUUAAGGAAAUGUAUGGAGAUCAGUUUGGAGAAUUUUCAUUAUUAUUAGGGACACUCUGGAUCAAUCCCAUGGUCGCAGGGUUCAAAAAACUCCUUUGCGGACAUCUACAUUAAAGGGGGAACAUGCAUUUACAUUCAUACCCAAAUAAAAUGAGAUAUUUGGACAGACUGGCCACAUUGUAAUUUGACUGUACAGAUUAUAUUUUGCAUUUCGUUUUAGAACUGCAAAGGGUCUGCAAGUCUGUAAUAAGGAGCCAUAGUAGUUUGACUGAAAUUAUUUCAGUCUAAUGCAUGUAAUUCUUGCUGAGGAUGCAGGUGCAGUCUUUAUUAGCAAAACAUUAUCCAGACAUGAGAGAACAAAGCAGAAAAAAGGGGAAUGCUACUCUCCCUACUUUGAGCUACUCCCGUCUAUCUGAAUUCUCAGAAUAAGUUAUUAUUAGCUGUGAGAUUUUUGUAGGUGAGAGCUGUCCUGAUAGUGGUCAAUGAAAGUUGGCAAACCUAAAUAAAAGGCAUCCAAAGCCUAGUUUAGCACUUGUUUGAGUUUUCUUGAAUUUUAUUUCUGUUAUUUCCAGUGGGGUGCUGAGCAGAUGGGAGUUCCAGCAGUCCCAUCUGGUGUGGUUGGUGGUGAGGAUUGGGGUGCCUCCACCAAGGAAUGGGGCAGUGAAGUUCCUGCUGCUCCAACAAAGGACUGGGCAGAUGUCCCAAGCAAGGACUGGGGUGACCCUGCACCCAAAGAGUGGGGAGCUGAAGAUGUGCAACCAAGCAGUGACUGGGGUACAGCUGUGGCAGAUGCAACCAGUGGAGGAGCUGAAUGGGCAUGAUUUGUUGACUAAAAGCUCACUGACUGUAACACUUUGAAAGAAGGAAAAUAAACUUAUUCCCAUGUCUCAAUACUGGCAUCUGCUACUAAUUUGAAUUUAAUGCAUCUUCUUUCCCUUAAUGUAUGUUUUCAUGGAAACCGGUCUUUUCUAUACGAACUCAAGCAUUAAAACUGUACAAUGAAUUUCGUUCAAUUUAAUUGCAGUUUGUGCAUGAACAAGAGAAGCACUUGGGGUUGAUAUUCCUCUUUCUUUAAAGUAAUUUUACUUGACCUGUGAAAUGGAGUAAAAACUAGGGCUAAUAGCCACAAGUAAGCAAGAGAAGACAAUGGAAUUAGUGCAUGAUAGCACGUAGUAUCAUGCUUAUGGGUUAAGUAAAAUCACUCUAAGCCAAGGACUUGAACCUAUUUUAUGCCUUGACUGAAUCAACU